GGUGACGUCACAGGAAAAACAAUUCAAGAGGUCUGUCUGUGCCCGCACGCUUUCUCCCGGCUGGUGAAAGUGACACCAUUGAAUUGGAAGCAUUACCUGCUUAAGACGGUCUUAGUUUAGUUUGAUUUAGUUUAGUUUAGUGCGUGAUUGUAAAAGCAUGUAUUUGAGUCAGCUCCCUGACGAUGUCCUCUAUCAUAUUUUGUCUUAUUUGGACUGGAAAACACUCAGUCGCCUUUCUCAGGUUUCUAAAGCCAUCUUUCAUUUUGUCAGCCGUGACUCAGUGUGGAAGAAGAUGGCUAAAGACAUGUUAAACACCGGAAUCUCUCCGAACGGAACCGACCUGUAUCCUCACAUCUUGCUGAAGGAGAGAGUGAAGCUUUCUCAAAACUGGUGUGCUGGCGUGUGUAAAAGAGAUACUCUUCUGAAAUGGAAGACAAAAUUGUUGCCAUGGUUGCAGCUGGAUGGGGACACACUUUUCUUGUCUCAGGCUGCAGACAUCAGAGCAUAUCGUCUGGAACAGAAGUGCAGGACUCUGCGUAAGCCAGUUGAAAUAUACUCAGGCCACCGGGCGGACGUCUGUAAAUUUGUUGUGACCGACUCGCACUUGAUCAGCGGUGGAAGCGAUGGCAAGAUUGUUGUCCACAAUAGGAGGACUCACAAUUCAACUCAGUUGUCAGGUCAUCACCAGGAAAUAAACUGUAUUGACUCAAAAGAUGGACUCAUCAUCAGUGGAUCCAGAGAUCAAACUACCCGGGUCUGGUCAUUGGCUUCUGACUGCCAAAAACAAGUAAUCCCCUUGUAUGACAGAGUGUGGUCUGUAGCAAUCAAUCCUGCACUGAGCUCCUUUGUAACUGGCACUGCAUGUUGUGAGAAUUCGUCCCCUCUUCGCAUCUGGGAUGUUGAAAGAAUCACAAUCAUCUUUAACACAAGGAAAUUCACUGGAGUAGACUGGGCUCUCUUUUUUUCAAAUUCAAUUUCAAUUGUUGCUGAUUGUUGUAAAAGAUUGGUGUGUGUCUGCUGUCUGGGUUCAGAGUUCCGCAGAGGUGCGGGUGUGUUGGAUAUGGUGUUUGAGACGCCUUUUCAUCUCCUCACCUGUGGCUAUGACACCUUUAUUCGUCUCUGGGACCUUCGCCUGAGUCCACAGAAGUACGUAAUGGAGUGGGAAGAGCCUCAUGACAGCGCCUUAUACUGCAUUCAGACAGAUGGAAAUCACAUGAUAGCAAGUGGCUCCUCCUACUAUGGUGUUGUUCGACUCUGGGACAAAAGAAAGACGGAAUGCUUACAGGCAUACGCAUCGGGCAGAGGACUUGGAGCUGUUUUGUCCCAGCAAGUGGAGGGCGUCAACCGCCCCAUCCUAUACAUCAGCCGGAAGCUCUCUGACUGGGAGGUGAGGUACAGUACCGUGGAGAGGGAGUGCCUCGCCAUCUGGUGAGCGGUCGGGGCGGUCGGGGCGGUCGGGGCCCUUCUGGGCGCUCUUUCAGUCUCUGCUCGGACCACAAACCCCUCCAGUGGCUCCACCGCAUGAAAGAUGACAACGCAAAGAUCACCCGUUGGUACCCAGCUUAACAACCCUACAAUUUUAGAGUAAGCCAUGGACCGGGGGCGCAGAUGGCCGUGGCCGACUUUCUUUCCCGCUCCCUCACGGAGGUGGAGGUAUGUGGAGGGCGGCGUGCUGUGCAGCCGAAUGAGGUAUACCAGGACCGGCCUCGAAGUCAGCGACAGGUGCGUGGAUGGCCCAGGUGGACCUUGUUAUCUAAUCACCUGUCGCUCUGUAUAAGCAGCAACCGGGAGACGUUGUUGGAGCUGGGGUAGAGCGAGAGCAAGACUGACAGCCAGCCACAAAAAGACAAUUGCUGGAAAGCAACCCAGAGACUUCAUUUGAAAAAUAAAACUGUAUAGUGAACCUGAACUGCUCUCUCAUGUCGGUGCUUGGUGGUCCAAAGUACCUCCUGGAGGGCAACCUCCACAGUAUAAUAUUUUGGAUAUUAAGAGCUAU